UACAGUGGCCAAAACAUGGGAGAUAUGGAUCCCCACAUCUUUGCAGUUGCAGAAGAAGCGUACAAGCAAAUGGCUCGGGAUGAGAAGAACCAGUCCAUUAUUGUUAGUGGGGAGUCUGGCGCUGGCAAAACCGUUUCAGCCAAGUAUGCUAUGCGUUACUUUGCAACUGUUGGAGGCUCAUCCAGUGAAGCUAAUAUUGAGGAGAAGGUCUUGGCUUCCAGUCCUAUAAUGGAGGCAAUCGGCAAUGCGAAAACAACCCGAAAUGACAACAGCAGUCGCUUUGGGAAAUACAUUCAGAUUGGUUUUGAUAAAAGAUACUGUAUCAUCGGUGCCAACAUGAGGACAUAUCUGCUCGAGAAGUCAAGAGUUGUAUUCCAGGCAGCAGAUGAGCGAAACUAUCACAUAUUCUAUCAGCUGUGCGCCUCGGCCGAUCUUCCUGAAUUGAAAGAACUUUCGCUGGCGCAUGCCAAAGACUUCACCUACACAGCGAUGGGAGGGGAGCCAUCCAUUGAAGGUGUGGAUGAUGCGGAUGACUUUGAAAAAACCAGGCGUGCUUUCACCCUGCUCGGAGUAAAGGAGUCCCAUCAGAUGAUGAUUUUUAAGAUACUAGCAGCCAUCCUGCACCUUGGGAACAUGGAGCUUGAAUCGGAACGUGAUGGAGAGAACUGCAACAUAUCGAAAGAGGAUGAACACCUGCAUAAUUUUUGCAGAUUGCUGGGAGUGGAGCACAGCCAGAUGGAGCACUGGCUCUCCCACCGGAAACUGGUCACCGCCGCGGAGACCUUCGUCAAAACAAUGUCCCACUCACAGGUGGUGAACGCCAGAAAUGCACUGGCCAAGCACAUUUAUGCCCAGCUGUUCAACUGGAUCGUGCAACACAUCAACAAGGCCCUGCACACGACGGUCAAGCAGCAUUCUUUCAUCGGGGUGCUGGAUAUUUAUGGGUUUGAAACCUUUGAAAUGAAUAGCUUCGAACAAUUCUGCAUCAACUAUGCCAACGAAAAGCUACAGCAGCAGUUCAACUCGCAUGUAUUUAAAUUGGAACAAGAAGAAUACAUGAAGGAGCAAAUCCCUUGGACGCUCAUAGAUUUUUAUGACAACCAGCCGUGCAUAGAUCUUAUUGAAGCUAAGCUGGGUAUUUUGGACUUGCUGGAUGAAGAAUGUAAGGUCCCAAAGGGUACAGAUGAGAAUUGGGCUCAGAAACUCUACGACCGCCAUGGAAGCAGCCAACACUUCCAGAAACCGCGCAUGUCCAACACUUCCUUUAUUGUUGUGCAUUUCGCAGAUAAGGUGGAAUACGAGUGUUACGGCUUUCUGGAGAAAAACCAAGAUACUGUUCAUGAAGACCAGAUCAAUAUACUGAAGGCCAGCAAGUACCCACUGGUAGCUGACUUGUUUCACGAUGAAAAAGAUCCUGCUCCGGCUGCUCCAGCUGGAAAAGGAGCUUCCACAAAAAUCAAUAUCCGCUCUGCCCGUCCAACUGUGAAAGCAGCCAAUAAAGAGCAUAAGAAAACAGUGGGACAUCAGUUCCGUAACUCCUUGCACUUGCUUAUGGAGACCCUGAAUGCCACCACUCCACAUUACGUACGCUGUAUCAAGCCAAAUGAUGAGAAACUCCCCUUCAGCUUCGAUCCAAAAAGAGCAGUGCAGCAGCUGAGAGCUUGUGGCGUGUUGGAGACCAUCCGAAUCAGUGCGGCCGGCUACCCAUCCAGGUGGACCUACCAUGACUUCUUGAAUAGGUAUCGAAUUCUUAUGAAAAAAAGGGACAUCUCAAAAAAGGAAGACAAGAAAUUGAUUUGCAAAACACUGCUGGAAAGCCUCAUUAAGGACCCUGACAAGUUCCAGUUUGGGCGCACGAAGAUCUUUUUCCGAGCUGGCCAGGUGGCAUACUUGGAGAAGUUGCGGGCGGAUAAGUUCCGUGCUGCCACUAUCAUGAUACAGAAGACGAUGCGUGGCUGGUUCCAGCGAGUGCAGUACAGGAAGAUGAGGGAGGCAGCAAUAAAAAUCCAGAAGUACACCCGCGGGUACCAGGCACGCAGACUGGCUGAUCAUCUGAGGAAAACAAGGGCAGCCAUUAUUUUCCAGAAGCAAUAUCGGAUGUUGAGGAUCCGCCAUGAAUACCAAACCAUCCGCCGAGCUGUCAUCACGAUCCAAGCCUUCACCCGAGGAAUGUUUGUCAGAAAGAUCUACCAAAAGGUGCUUAUGGAGCACAGGGCCACCGUCAUCCAGAAGCAUGUCCGGGCUUGGCUGACCCGGAAGCAUUUUGCCAGGUUCAGAAGUGCUGCUGUGGUCAUCCAGUGUUACUUCAGGCGCAUGAAGGCCAGGCAAGAGCUGAAGGACCUGAAGAUAGAGGCGCGGUCAGCAGAGCACUUGAAGAGGCUCAAUGUUGGCAUGGAGAACAAGGUUGUCCAGCUGCAGAGAAAGAUAGACGAGCAGAACAAAGAAUACAGACUCUUGAGCGAACAGCUGUCUGUAGCCAGUUCUGCUCACUCCACUGAGGUGCAGAAACUGAAGAAAGAACUUGAGCAGUAUCAGCUGAAGAAGGGCAACAACAACCAGCUUACCAGCUUGCAAGAAGAGAUGGACUCCCUCCGCUUGGCUCUGGAGAAAGCUCAUGGGGAGAGAAAGAUAGUAGAAGAUACCUACACCAAGGAGAAAGAUGUGCUACAAAAGCGGAUAUCUGACUUGGAAGAAGAGAACGCACUUCUGAAAAAGGAAAAAGAGGAGCUGAACAACAGAAUCUUGCAUCAGUCUGAAGAUGAAUUUGCACGAAAUGCUAUUCAGGAAAACCUCCUGAUGAAGAAGGAGCUUGAUGAAGAAAGAGCUCGUUAUCAGAACCUUGUGAAGGAGUAUUCGAGGCUGGAGCAGAGCUACGACAACUUGAAGGAUGAGAUGGCCAUCAUAAAGACUCCAGGACAUAGAAGAAACCCCUCUAACCAAAGCAGCCUGGAAUCGGACUCGAAUUACCCAUCCAUUUCUACAUCUGAGAUUGGGGACACAGAGGAUGCGGUCCAGCAAGUGGAGGAGGUUGGCUUGGAGAAGGCAGCUCAGGACAUGACCCUGUUCCUCAAGCUUCAGAAGAGAGUGCGGGAACUUGAACAAGAGAGAAAGAAACUGCAAAGCCAGCUGGAGAAGAAGGAGAAUGACAGCAAAGCAUCUCAGGUAAUUGAAAUGAAGAACGAAAUGGAUUUGGACCGUGAUAUGGAUCUGGCAUACAACAGUCUGAAGAGGCAAGAGUUAGAAUCAGAGAACAAGAAACUGAAAAAUGACCUUAAUGAGCUGAGGAAAGCAAUAGUGGACCGGGUGGCUCAGAACAACUGCUCCAGUGAUGUCCGUGACAGUUACAGUCUCCUCCUGAAUCAGCUCAAGUCGGCUAACGAAGAGCUGGAAGUCCGGAAGGAAGAGGUGCUUAUUCUAAGGACACAGAUUAUAAAGGCAGCCCAGCAAAAAGAUACAGGCAGAAAUAUGGAGUCCAGUAUCAACAUGCAAACUAGCUGGCCAAACAGUGACAAACAUGUGGAUCCAGAAGAUGCAAUAGAGGCAUAUGAUGGAGUGUGUCGGACAAACCGCAAGACUGAGGACUGGGGGUAUCUGAAUGAAGAUGGAGAACUCGGCUUGGCCUAUCAGGGUCUAAAGCAAGUCGCCAGGCUUCUCGAGGCCCAGCUGCAGGAGCAGCGGAGGGAGCACGAAGAGGAAGUGGAAAUGUUGAAGAAGCAAAUAGAGGUUUUGAGGAAAGAAAUGGAGAAGCAGCAGAGCGUCUUCUUCCAGACCCUCCAGCUGUCACCAGAAGCCCAAGCAGAGUUCGGAAUUCAGCAGGAAAUCACAAGGCUGAUGAAUGAAAACCUGGAUCUCAAAGAGCUGCUAGAAAAACUAGAAAAGAAUGAAAGGAAGCUGAAAAAACAGCUCAGGAUUUACAUGAAGAAAGUGCAAGAUUAUGAAGCUGAUCAAGCCAACAUACACUCUGAAAAGCCACGGCCUGAGCUCAACAGACAGGUCACUGUCCAGAGGAAGGAGAAAGACUUCCAGGGAAUGCUGGAAUAUGGCAAAGAGGAUGAGACACUGCUCAUCAGAAAUCUCGUUACAGAACUGAAACCCCAAACGGUCUCGGCCACGGUACCCUGCCUUCCAGCCUACAUCCUUUACAUGUGCAUCCGGCAUGCAGAUUACAUCAACGAUGACCAGAAAGUGCACUCCUUGCUUACCUCUACCAUCAAUGGCAUUAAAAAAGUAUUAAAGAAGCAUGAGGACUUUGAGAUGACCUCAUUUUGGCUGGCCAACACCUGUCGCCUUCUACACUGUCUGAAGCAAUACAGCGGAGAUCAGGGUUUUAUGACCCAAAACACUGCUAAGCAGAAUGAGCAUUGUCUGAAGAACUUCGACCUCACCGAGUACCGCCAGGUCCUGAAUGAUCUCUCCAUUCACAUCUACCAGCAGCUCAUUAAAAUUGCAGAAGGCAUCUUGCAGCCCAUGAUCGUGACUGCGGUGUUGGAAAAUGAAAGUAUCCAGGGCCUGUCGGGUGUGAAGCCGAUGGGCUACCGGAAGCGAAGCUCUAGCAUGGGGGACAGUGACAAUUCCUACACCCUGGAGGCACUCAUCCGUCAACUGAACACGUUCCACAGCACCAUGUACGACCAGGGCCUCGACCCCGAGAUCAUCCAGCAGGCCGUGAAGCAGCUCUUCUACAUGAUGAAUGCCGUGGCCCUGAACAACCUGCUGCUGAGGAAGGACAUGUGUUCUUGGAGCACGGGCAUGCAACUCAGGUUUAACAUCAGCCAGCUGGAAGAAUGGUUGCGAGGAAAGAACCUGCACCAGAGUGGAGCUGCCGCCACCAUGGAGCCUUUGAUCCAGGCAGCACAGCUGCUGCAGCUGAAAAAGAAAACCUCUGAAGAUGCGGAGGCCAUCUGUUCCUUGUGCACGGUCCUCACCACGCAGCAGAUUAUUAAAAUACUCAAUCUCUACACUCCUGUGAAUGAGUUUGAAGAGAGAGUGACUGUAGCCUUCAUAAGGAACAUUCAGGCACAUUUACAAGAGCGGAACGACCCUCCGCAGCUGCUGUUAGACUCCAAGUUCAUGUUCCCGGUUUUGUUUCCAUUCAACCCUUCUUCUCUAACCAUGGACUCGAUUCACAUCCCGGCUUCUCUUGGCCUGGAAUUCCUUAACAAAGUUUGA